CACAAACACAAACACAAAACUUUCCUCAAAGCUUAGAUCAGUUCUUCUUUCCAAUGGAAGCAUCAUGGGAAGAUUUUCAUCUUGACAUGGAUUUGGAUUGCGGUGAUGAUUACUUCAUAGACAACGUUAACAUUGAUGGUGACGAUUUUCUUAGAGAGAUUCUAUUAGAAACACCACAAAGUUCAGAUUCAGUUGUGUCCCAACAACAACAACACCAACAAGAACAAGAACAAUCCAAAAAUGUUAAUGGUCGAUGUUAUUUACCAAAGACAUUCAUUUUGUCUUUUGAUGACUCAACUAUAAUACCUGCAACACGUGAAGCAUGUGUCGAUUUGGAAGGUAAACGUGAUUCUAAGAAUAAGCGGAAACGUGAAAGUGGUGAAAUGAUGAAAAGAAAUGAAGAAAAAGUAGUGAAGAGAGGUAGAAGCAGUUCUCAGUGUGUUGAUCAUAUAUUAGCAGAGAGAAAACGGAGACAAGAAUUGACCGAAAAAUUCAUCGCACUUUCAGCAACCAUUCCUGGAUUGAGCAAGACAGACAAAGCUUCCAUACUUAGAGCAGCAAUUGACUAUGUGAAACAUCUUCAACAACGUGUUCAUGAGUUAGAGAAACAAGACAAAAAUGUUGGUGUCACAUCAAUGAUGGUCCAUGACAAACCUAAUAUUUGUGGAAUUAUUAACAAUAAUGAAGACAAAAAUUGUGGUCAAACAAGUAGUGAUGAUGAUGAUCAUGAUGAUUGUAAUAAUAAUAAUAAUAAUAAUAAUAAUAUCCUCCCUGAGAUUGAAGCAAGAGUUAUGGGAAAGGAAGUGCUUAUUGAAAUUCAUUGUGAGAAACAAAUUGGAAUUGAGCUCAAAAUACUUAAACAUAUUGAAAAUCUUCAGCUUUUUGUUAGAGGUAGUAGUGUCUUGCAAUUUGGAAAAUCAGAUCUUUCCAUUACUAUUAUUGCUCAGAUGGAUGAGGGAUACAAAAUGACAAUGUGUGAUUUAGUGAAAAGUCUUAGGCAAAUGCUUAUGAAACCUCAAAUGGGGUGUCAAAGUGAUCUGUUCUAGUGUAUCAAUAAACAACAAGUUUUUUAAGCUAACUAAAAAAAACAAUUGUUGUUUUGUAUGGAAUUGCAAGUUUUCUGUGUUUUUUAGUAAUAAUAAUAUUUGUAUGAAUGAACAAUGCUUAGUAGUAAUGACCUUGACCUUGAGGUUUCAUCCUUAAUAAAUU